AAACCCCAUAAUGCAACACACUGAAAGGUCACCGACUUGAUACAAAUGAUCCGCUUGUACACGCCCAAACGUAGCUCAGAAAUGAAGUCAUGGGCGUUGAUUGGGAAUGUUUUGGCUAUGCUACUGGCUAGCUAGCUAGUUUAACAGGGGAAGCAGCCUUCGUGGAUUUGCAUUUAAUUUGCACUUCAAUGGAGGACCGGACCGAUGGAUGGUUAUCUGAGGGAUGUUUGAAGCAUGUAGACGAGAGUCACCCCGGUCCACCGAACGCAUGGGUAGAAAAUGAUCAACAGCACCAGUACGAGGAAGAGCAGACGGAGAAAACGGGUAAUGGAAAAAUAAAUGGAAGCCCAUUGGAGAGAGAACACCCCUUCUGUUCCUGUGGAUGCCCUUCAUUACUCAAGCAGCAAACAACUUGAAACCCAAACCUCCCUGGAAGCUCCUCGCCACUCACACAAAAGGCAGUAGCAAUAGCCAUUUUAAGAACAGUAUGAAUUGCAAAAAUGACACGCCUUCAGAGUUGAAAACACGUGAUGGCAAGAGCGAGUCCAUUGCUUUAACAAAUGGCGUUGUGCUCCUCAAACCUGACCUGUAUGCUAACGGCUACCCCAGCAUGCCUGGACCAGACAGCGGUGGCAGUGGUUCUGAGAGUGGAUACAUCACUCCCAAGAAACGCUGGGCUCAGCGGAGUGCAAUGGCAGAGGAGAGUGUGACUGCUCGGCAGGAGAAGGCUACGCUUCAGGCAGUUAUGGUCACUAACAAACAUGACACGGAGCCUCACACUCCAGAGGCUGCCGAUACAGCAGCAGGCUCACAGUCUCCCAUUUCCAUCACAAGUGUCCCACCUGUGGCUCAGGCCACUGUGGUUCAGGUUGGUGAACUACACUGUAACAACUCUGACGGCAAGGCUGCUGCAGGCUCUGUUAAAAAGCUGGAAGACAGACUAAGCAAAGCUAAGCUUACCUCCACAAAAAAGGAUUCAUGGACCCUCUUUAAACCACCCCCUGUCUUUCCUGUGGACAAUAGUAGUGCCAAAACAGUGCCCAAGGUCAGUUAUGCAAGUAAAGUGAAAGAGAAUCUAAACAAAGCAGGUGACACCUCCCCUCCCCAGUCCCAGGUGCCCACCAGACUCUCCCAAGUCCCCAUGUCUGCUGUCAAAACCAUCACCUCCCCUAGCUUCACCAAUGGACUCCUAUCUGGAGAGGGGAAUAGCUGCCCCCUCCCUGCGCCACUUUUCACCACUACUGUUUGCACUGGAGCAAUGCAUGUCUCCCCUGCCAGCAAGUGGGAGAACGAAUCAUCCUUGUCCAGCAACGGCACUAAUAUGUCGGGCACCCCCUCCGUUACUACCAGAGAACUGAGAAAGCCCAGUAUCCUUGUUUACCCCCUGGCCACUUCAAAUAUGCAACCAGCCCUCCCCAGCGCCCACCAAGUGGACUCACCUGCCUCUAAGACAAAUCCCAAAGCUCUGGUGGACAUUUUCCAGAACCAGUGGGGGCUGUCGUUCAUCAACGAGCCCAGUGCAGGGCCCGAGGUGUGGCCGGCAGUGGGGAAGCCAGCCUUGAAAGGCCAGAUCGUGGAGAUCACCUUUCAGGGAGGUGGCCCUACAGCUUUGCCUCUGCAGGUCUCUGCCACCACCUCUCUGAGACCUGACAAGCCCCUCUUCCCAAGAGCUUACAAGCAGGACAAACAAACUAUGUCCCAAGUCCAUAGCAGUGUUGGGAAAUCAGGCCCUCACUUGGCUCCUGGCCCUGAUGCUGCGCUGGGAGGCCAAGCCCCUGGCACAGACACUCUGAUUGGUGAGGCUGGGAGUAGAUGUGCCGUAGUGUCCUCUUCUAAGGACCCUGGUGCUGAGUUGCCUCUUGCCUCCCCUGCUCAUCCUGUGUCUGCUCUGGUGAAGGAGCACAGCCACCACAAAGGUUGUGACUCAAGAUCUUGGGGGGCGUUUGAUCUAAAAGCUGCUGUUAUCUAUCACACUAAAGGUAGAGAUUGAAUAUAUUCAGAAUUUACAAAAACAAGAUUCAAAAGGAGUUGUGUUCUAUGAGCAGUCCAAGGAUGGGCCUGUUAAGUCAUGACUGAGUGCUACGCCCUCUCCUGGCCGCUGCCUCAUGAAUUGGUUCCCUCUCCUUUCUGAGACUCAUGUGCAGGACUAACUUGAUGUGAGCAGCUUGUGCUGUAGAGAGGGGGGGUCAGGCACAGUAUAGCAGCGACAGAGACCACAAUGAGCCUCUUACAGGGAUGCUGUCAUUCGGGAGAUUACAGGUUGGUUGAACAGUGGGGGAACAAAACUGUUUGACAGGAAACGUGUCAGCAAGAGUGACUCAUACAUUUCGCCCUCAAUUCCCAUGUUCAGAGAGAGGCUUGUUGAGGACAUUAAGUGACGUGGGAUGCUCAGACAGUCAAUCACCACCCCGGCAUUCCCGCCACAUCUUUGGAAUCACAGGAUACUCUCAGCCUGUCUUGGAAGAUGAAACAUUUUGAUAUCUUUAGGAAUUCAAAAUGUUCAUAUUUGACCUAUAAGUUAUCACAGGUGCGUAAUUUUGAAUUCAGACUGAAUUAAAUGGGAAAGGUUUUAACGUUUUAGAAUGGUUGCCUUCUAGAUGUGUAAACCGUGUGCUGCAAGGUGAAAACAAGUUGGGGUUUUCUGCUUGUAUUCUAGGUUAGAUGCAAGCAACCAAAUAUCAUGGGGAAGGCUUUUGUAAGCCCCUGCAAAACAUAUAUAUUUUUGGAACUUUUGAUUAACAUGUUAUUUUUCCCUUUUAACAGAUUUACACUAAUUUGAAAUCCCAGGUCAUUGGGUGGGUAGAUGGAACUUGUUCAAAUUAUGAGAAUAUGCAUCCCUCUCCCAUUGAGGCCUAGGUUCUUUGCUCAAAAUUCUUUGGGCUCUGUUAAUACCGGACUGUUUUUUUGGGAUGUUUUUCUCAGGAUGUGUGGUGGUGGUUACCAACACUGUGCAGAGGCUAUACUUUUUCAUUUUUAUAUUUUCUGUUAAUCAUCCAGUUUAUAAAUCCAGGUUAUGCUUAACGUGCUACAUCUACGUACCAUCUCAAUGCUCCAAUGAGUGCCCCAUAUUUGUGUACAUUUUCUUUUAACAUUUAGUUUUUGAAGUUCUAGGGAGUCUUUCUCAUUGGAUUUUGCACAGGAUUGGCACUUAGGCAGUGACCACUGUUUUGUACUGUAGGAACUCUCUAGAGAUUCAUACAGGGCAGUAUUUUAACCAGAACUAUGCAAAUGUCCGUGUUACAAAUCUCCUAUUGACAUCAAUGCAGGAUUUAGCGUAAAUUUAGGACCCAUUUCUCAAGUCUGUUUCACCUUCAGAGGAGAAUUGUUAGUAUUUCUUAUUCAUAGGGAAAGAAACAGUCCUUUCUGAGACUGUUAGUUGAGUUCUCUCCCAAGUCCCCAUACGUGAAUUUAUUCAGCCUACAUUAUGAUAACUGAUCACCACUUUAAAACUAAAUUUGACUAAUUAAAUAGAUAAAUCUACAUAACUAAAUUAAAUCUCUAUUGAUACCAGCCAACUCUUUGGCCCCUAACAAUUACAGCACCUUUUGUAAGUAGGACAGUCUGUUUAUGAUGUAAUAUAGUUAUUGACAAAGCGUUUUGUCCAUGUUAAUAAUCAACCAUGCCAAACUAAGCCAGAGUACAUCUUUGAACAUUCUGUUUGUCUAUCCUUGGGUUUUAAUUUAGAUCUUUACUUACUCUUAAUUUCACUUCUGUGGAUUGUCAGGCUGCGAUCAGUUUUGAGAAUUAUAACUAAUUUUCUUUAGGUUGGUUUCUCAGACUGGGUCAUGCUUUUUAGGUCAGUGUUUUAAUUGUCAGGGUUAAUGUGAAAAUAUAAGUCUGUAUUUGACUGAAUGGUUCAUUUAUGGCAUCUUAAUUCCUUUAGUUUGUGUCCCUCUAAAUCGCAAUUCAAAUAUUAGAAAAAUGUAAUAGCUCUGACGUUUGCAUUUGGUAUUAAAAUUAUACUACAGUACAGUGUAUUUAGAAGUUGUGCCAUGUUGUCGACUGUUCAUACUGUCAUGUAUUAAGUUACGUUAAUUGUUGCUCACUUUUCUUUUCCUGCUGUAGUUAUGCUAAGGAUUAACAAAAGUUGUCAGUUUCUAAAUCUAUUAAAAAUGUGAUUAGCUGAAA